AUAAAAAUCGACCCAAAAUGCUACAUACGCCCUUUUUGCACUAAAGCCUUCAAUUAUAACCUGCAUAGGUAUACAGUGUAGGUGACCAUUAGAGAAAGUUGCUCUUACAUUAGUUUGCUACUCUUCUGUAGUAUCAGUAUAAUCACUAUGAAUUUUUUUUUUCUCUCAAGGGACUUGGGGUUGCUGACCAUUAGAAUCCAUUUCUUUGUUAAUAAAUAGUCCUAACAUAUUUACCCCAGUCCAAGCUUUUUGACACUGAUGACUGAUAAUUUCUCAUUUUCUCACAGAUCGUUUCUACAUGAAUCGUAUUAGUAUACGAAUGCUUAUCACCCAGCAUUUGUUGUUAUUUGGUCAGGAUGCCAGAAGCUCUAAGAGUAAUUUCAUUGGUUGUUUUGACCCAACAUGCCAUGUUGCAUCAGUGGUAGAAGAUGCUAUAAACAAUGCCGCCUACUUGUGUGAACAGUUUUACUGUGCUUCCCCAGAGGUGGAAAUUUCUGAGUGUAAUGCUAUUGAUCCCAAAAAGCCAGUUCAAAUGGCAUAUGUUCCUGGACAUUUGUAUCACAUGCUUUUUGAAUUACUAAAGAAUGCCAUGCGAGCAGUCGUGGAGCAACAUGGAAGCAGUGUUGACAUUCCUCCACUAAAAGUAUUGAUAACCAAAGGAAGACAAGACUUGACUGUCAAGAUUUCUGAUCAAGGAGGUGGAAUACCCAAGAGUAAAAUUGACCAAGUAUUUGAGUACCACUACACUUCAGCCCCAGAACCACUGAGGAGUGGUUCUGCAGCCCCUAUGGCUGGUUAUGGAUAUGGCCUGCCAUUAUCAAGAUUAUAUGCCCGAUAUUUUGAUGGAGAUCUACAACUUUACUCUAUGGAAGGUUUUGGCACAGAUGCCGUGAUCUGGUUAAAGGCAUUAUCAGCAGAAGCAAGUGAAAUUCUACCCCAAUACAACAGGAGAACUCCCAAGAAUUAUGAAGAAGUUAGGCUAUCAGCUCAACACUGCCGUGAUUGGAGCUCUUCAAAAUUUUAUGGACACGGAAAUAAAUUUCUGUCAACAUAUCAAGGACAGGUGAAAGCUAGGAGACUGCACAACAGUCGGAGGACAGCUGACUCUACAUAAACGAGUUAUAGAUUGUGCAUUUUUGCAACACAAGGCUUAGUCAUUGAAAGGAGUAGAAUAUCAGUUUACAAGAAAAGCAUCACUCAACUAGAUCAGGAACAAAGACCCUCUUGCAUUUCUUACAUUGAUUUUGUUCUUUUUAUCUGAUUGAUCCUGGGUCUUCACCAUAUGGUCAUGAAUCACAUGUUCCCUUGCUAUAGGUAUUUUUCAAUAUUUAUUGAAAACCAGUGCUGGGGUUUAGGACUAACACAAGUUGUUACAAUACCAGACAAAACAUUCUUUGUAUGCUGCUUGCUCAGUUUAUCAAAUUGCAAAAAGAUCAAUAUGAGCGCACAAACAACCUC